CAAUUGUGAGCUCAAGCUCGGUGUACCAUGAUCCGUGCCGCUCUGAUGCGCAUGAGCACAAAGAAGUUAUUUCACUUGGACUUUUACAAAGGGAGCUUGUGAACAGGAGGGAGACGUAUAAACAAACUUCUUUUGAAAAAGUUUGCAGGUUGCAUGGCAAGCUGAUUUGAUGCACGACAUUUGCAUGAGUGCAUUCAGGCUCUCUGUGGGAUUUCGAGUGAGUGGCUACAGUCAUGGCCCAGACCAUGCAUGUUAACGGCAACACCUCAGAAAAAGAUGAUGAUGAGAAGGACCCUUACUGUUUGGAAACCCCAUACGGUUAUCAGCUAGACUUGGACUUUCUUAAGUAUGUGGAUGACAUUGAGAGAGGCAACACCAUUAAGAAGCUAAACAUCCAGAGGAAGUCAAAAGUGGUCAGAUCUGUGCCACCGCCUCAGAGCAAUUGCAGCGGGCAGACUGAUUGGACUUCAACCGAUUCCUUGUCCUCUUCCAACAGUGAUGAGAACAAACAGUCACCUGUGUAUCUCACACCUCGGAACCAGGUAGCCCAGCCUGGCCAUACUGCCCAAGUCCAUGAAGCUACCCAAACCAUUGUGAACAUCCCCGAGACCAAGCAGCUGCUGCCACCACCCUCGCCCCGUGUCCUUCGCCAUAAUCCCCAGGUGGAGAAAACUCUAAUGGAGACUCGAAGGCGACUAGAGCAGGAGCGGCUCCUUAUGCAGCCACCAGUCAGUGAGCCGCCUCGUAGGCGCCUUGCCAGCUUUGGGGGGAUGGGUUCUUCUAGCUCUUUGUCUUCUUACAGUGGCUCAUAUGGGGCAAGCCAGAUUUCACCCAGCUCCCAUUCUCUGCAACAUAAUGGACAUCUAGCCAAUGGCGAGUACAACUUCUACUUCACAUCCUCCAUGGGCAGUUCCAUCCGCCAUAGCCCUCUAAGCUCAGGAAUGACCACACCAGUGACCAAUGUCAGCCCCAUGCACCUCCAGCACAUUCGAGAACAGAUGGUAGUUGCUCUGAAGCGACUUAAAGAACUGGAGGAGCAGAUAAAGACCAUCCCAAUCCUUCAAGUCAAGAUCUCAGUCUUGCAAGAGGAGAAGAGGCAGCUGGUGUCCCAGAUGAAGAACACAAAGCUUGCUGGACAUGGUCUUGGUGGAAGUUUUAGGAAACGCUCCUACAGUGUCGGCAGUGCUGAUCAGUAUGAGCCACUGAACCAGCUCCAGACAGGCUCUGAACUACACAUUGAGGAGGUGGACAAUACAGAGCAGAACUCUCAAAGGUUACAAGAGUUCAGGCAACUAACAGCUGAAGUGCAGGCUCUAGAAAGGAAGAUCCAGGAUAAUGGUGAGGAAGUGAAGCCGAACUUACACCAAAAAGAGCAAAGGACAAACCAAAGUGCACAGCAGUGGAGCCUUGAGUGCAAGUCAAUUGGUGUUGGAGCUGAUGAGAACAUGAACGACGUCAUUGUCUACCGGAGGUCGCCGGGGCGAAGCAGAGAUGUGGCCGUGGGAACUGAGAAGGAGGUGAGAAGCACAGGAAUUGGGGUGACUGAAGCCAUGCUAGGUUUGAGCAGUGAGGCAGAAGCUGAGAUUGAGAUGCAGCACCAGACAAUUGAAGAAUUCAAAGAGAAGAUCUACAGACUGGAGGUUCAACUUAAGGAGACCACACACCAAAUGGAGAUGGGAAAGCUAAAGCUUCAGCUUCAAGUGGCUGGAUCAAGAAAUAAGGCAGAUAAGGGCUUGAUGGCAAGGCCAGAGAUGUAUAGCACUUCUGUGGAGGCCAGAGUGCCCACACAGUGCCAUGGCGUGGGUAAUCAUGUUGAGUUUUGCGAUGCAAGCACAAGUCAUGUCACUCAAAUGAAUGCAGUAGGUAUUUCUUGCAGGCCAGAUGCAAAGCAUGUUGCUGUGGGUCCAGAGUUGCCAAUGGAGCGGUGGGUCAUCCAAGAACGUGCUGAGGUUCAGGAUCAAUGUGUUGGCAGGCAGGUUGUGACAUGCAACCAGUGUGUGGGAGUGGAAUUAAGUGUAUGUGAAAUGGGAAUCAACACCGAGUUAACAGCUGAAGGUUUAGGACUUUGCAAAUCUGAGGCUGAACAAGCCAAAGAGUUCAGGUCUAUAGGAUGUGGAGAUUGUUCAGUGGAUGUAAUGGUCAACCCAAUCAAGGAGAUGGUAACCCAGAGUACAGCAACCAGUGAAGUUCACAAAACUGACUUUGGAAUCAUGGUCUUACCUAUGAGUGUUUCGAAGUACACAAACACAGAAAUUGAGACAAAAUGCAAGUUUACCAACACUGAUGAGAUAAUUCUCACUGAUUGCUGCACCAACACACAGCCAUACUUAAAAGACAAACAAAUAAGCACAGAACCAGUGGUGACUCGGACAAUCGCCAUUGGUGAUGGUCUUGUAAAAGAUGUGCCGGCCACAUUGAAAAUGCGCUCAAUAUCAGUAGGUACUACUGAAGAGGUUAUGCUCGACAACACUUCAUCUUGCAGAACCAAAGAGGCUGGGAUUGGUCACACAAGCAUACAAGAGAAUUUCUUAGUUGGUUUGAAGACCAGGAGCAUUGCCUGUGGCCCUCUCAGUCUAUUACAGUCCCAAGAAAAGAGUGUUUCUGUGGGAUCACUGAUAUCAACAGAGCCCAUCCUGGAACAGGCUGGGGCAGGUGUUGGACUUGAUCACUACAUAGAGAGAGUGCAGAAGCUCUUGCAGGAACAGCAGACGUUGCUUGCUCAGAACUAUAGUGAGUUGGCAGAUGCAUUCGGCCCACCUCAACAAUCCCAGUUUAGCUCCAUCAACAGUCAGCUUGUCACUACUCUGUCAUCAAUAAAUUCCGUUAUGAAGUAUGGCAGUGUUGAGGAACUCUGCAAUAUGGAGCUUCUCAGGCAGCAGGAAGACUCGGACAAUGGCCUGAAAGAAACCCAAAUGGUCAGUGGGGUCAGUUUCCAUUCGUGUAGUAUGAAAACGACAGAGGUCACACCGAUAGAAAGUGUGUGUGCAGAAGACACACAUGAGCAGAGCACCGCUGCACAGAAAAGCCGCAUGGACCAGCAAAUGUCCACAGCAUUGCAUGGCAGUCAAAACGCCCUGAAGUCUAUCAUGAAGAAAGAUGGCCAUCAGGGACCUAACAGCACUAAAAAGAACCUGCAGUUUGUUGGUGUGAAUGGAGGGUAUGAGACAACAUCAAGUGAUGACUCGAGCUCAGAAGAGAGCAGCUCCUCUGGGUCAGACGAUGAAGGGGAGGAGAAAGACAAAAUGGUGGAUGUGAAAGACAGGAGGAAAGAAGAAUUCAGAAAUAAAGAAGCAAUGGAUGAAGUCAGAGAUCCUGAAGAUUUAGGCCAGGAGAAAAGGCAAAGACACGAAUUGAAUGAGAAGAUGCUUUCUGCGUGCAACAUGCUGAAAUCUCACCUCAAUGACCCCAAGACUUUAUCUAGCAAAGAUGUGAGGCCAUAUGUGAACACGGUGCAGCAUGAGUGGUUCCGUGUGUCAAGUCAGAAGACAGCAGUGCCAGAGAUGGUAGAGGACUACCUGAAUGCUUUCAAAGUCAUCUCACCUGCCCUACUGCAGCAUGUCGUGAACAUGGCCGAUGGCAAUGGCAACACUGCCCUCCAUUACAGUGUGUCCCAUUCCAACUUCCACAUAGUGAAGAAGCUACUGGAUGCUGAUGUCUGCAAUAUCAAUCAGCAGAACAAAGCAGGAUAUACUCCCAUCAUGCUAGCAGCACUUGCCGCCGUGGAGGCCCCUAAGGAUAUGAGGGUGGUGGAAGAGCUGUUCAGCAAAGGAGAUGUCAACGCAAAAGCCAGUCAGGCUGGUCAGACAGGGCUCAUGCUGGCUGUCAGUCAUGGCAGAAUGGACAUGGUGAGAGCUCUGCUCGUCUGUGGUGCAGACGUCAACAUCCAGGAUGACGAGGGCUCCACAGCUCUCAUGUGUGCUAGUGAACAUGGCCAUGUCGAGAUAGUCAAGCUGCUGCUGGCUCAGCCGGGCUGUGACGCCACACUGAGUGAUAAUGAUGAGAGCAAUGCCUUGUCUAUUGCUCUGGAAGCUGGCCAUAAGGACAUAGCAGUGUUGCUGUACGCCCAUAUGAACUUUUCCAAAGCUCAGUCACCAGGUACACCUCGACUUGGGAGGAAGACUUCACCCAGUCCGACAAGGAAAGGGCACAUUUGAUAACAAAGCUUCAACCCCACUCUUUCUAAGCUGCUACUUUUUCAGGUUCUACCAUGCCUCCCAUUUUCAUCAGCUAGAAACCAAAUCAACAGCAAAAGGACUUCCUGCAAACCUCAGCGAAGGGAUAGUAGGCAAUUAUACUGAGCACUUUUUCAAACUUGUCUUUAGUUAUUUCUCUUUGCUUAGCUUUCAGAGACAAAUGGACUUGCUAGCUUAAAGUCAGUCUCUUCAAGAACUAAAAGCUGUACUCACCCUGAAUGUAUUCAAAAGUAUUCUCAUGCCUGAGAUCACCAGUAUGUGACAGCAUAAUGUCAGAGCUAGAUGUCAACAGGAACUUGACUAUGGAGUAGCCUUACUUCAAUUGUUUGUUCUCAUAUAGAUGUUUAAUUAUAUAAUAUAUGAGUAUAUCUGUGUAUAUUUCAUCUAAGUGGUCUUAAUCGUAUCUACAGUCCUGUUCAAAGUAAAUUCUCUCUUUUUUUUAAAAAAAGAAUAAAUUAUUUAUAAUUCCAACAUGUGGCCAAUGUUGCCUGACAAUGAGCUUUAUACUGGAAUCAUGUGUAUGCUGCCCAAUAUAUUAAGCCUUUUGGGUUUAAGUCUUUUCUCCUCUAUCAUUAUUCCAUCAGAGAUGUCCAAUGGAUAUCAAAGGUUGAAGUGCAGACUUUCAACCUAAUAUUUUAAAUGCAAUGUUUCCUGAUUGGAUAUGGUCCAUUUUUAUCUAUUUAAAAAUCACAGUAUUUAGGACAUUUCAGAUUUGCUUUGUAACAUGCCGUUAUGUAUCUUUACCGAUUAAAAGUUUUUAUUGCAAAUAAUUGUACUUUCAUUGUAUAUAAUUUAUGUUUGCAGUACAUGGAUGCAAUAGGUUUUACUGGCCUUUAUGAAAAAACUAUCAUGUCUUAGAUCUAAUAUGUGGCUUCUUAUAUAGCUUAUUAGAAGCGCGUAUAACGUGACCGGAAAUAAUAAAGUACUAACAUUACAAA